AUCCAUGGGGCUACACUCAGUUUCAAGCCAUGAGGUUGGCCAUUGAAGAAAUCAACAAUUCCUCCAUCUUGCUCCCCAAUAUCACUCUGGGAUACCAUAUCUGGGAUACCUGCCAAGAAAAACAUUAUUUGCAAGCCGUCUUCCAGCUGGCCCCAGAUCAACGGUGUCGCUCACAACAAGCAGGUUGUCCUGAGAAAGUAAUUGGCGUUGUGGGUCCCGAUUCCGCUGACAUGACGCAACUGACAUCAAGAAUCCUGACAUUCUACCGCCUUCCACAGAUUUGCUACAGUGUCAAGGAUGAGAUCUUUACUGACAAGGAUCUAUUCCCAUUGCUCUUCCGGAUGGUGCCCAAUGAGAAUCACCAGAUCUCAGGGCUCAUCUCUCUGAUCAAAGCCUUUGAUUGGAAGUGGGUCUCCGCUGUGGGCAGCGGCACCAAAGCCAGCCAGAAAUCAGUCCAGACUUUGAUUGCUGAGGCUGCUGAGGAGGACAUCUGCAUUUCCUACCAGGGGGUGAUGACGGCUGACCUCAGUGUGUCAGAGAGCCAGCUGCAGAAAGUGAUUGAGAACAUUGAAAAAGCUGGGACAAACGUCACCAUCAUCCUCAGUGACGAUGCCAUAGUUCAAAAGUUUUUCCAAAUCGUCACCAAACUGAAGAUCACAGGCAAAGUCUGGAUUGCCCCCGAGACUUGGGUCUUAUCCAGUUCAGUCGCUGCAGUACCAGGCAUUGAAAAAACCGGCACUGUCCUUGGACUGACCAUCAAGCCAAUCAAAUUGCCCCAAUUCACACACUUUGUUGAAAAAACACUACAGUGCCCCCAUGCAGCCAGCCCCCCAGCCAGCCCGGUGCCCUUUGGCCCCCACGAGCAGGGCAGGGCGCAGGGCUGCUCCCAGGCAUGUGACGAGUGCCACUUGCUGUCCCUGGACUCUUUGGCUGACAUCCUGAACUCCUCCAUCUGGCACUGGUCGUUCUAUUCUUAUGCGGCUGUCUACACUCUGGCUGAGGCUCUCCACUGGCUUUUUGGGUGCGGACCGGGAGGGUGUCCCCCCAGGAAGGAGUUUGAGCCAUGGCAGCUUUAUGAAAAAUUGUACAAGCUGAACUUCUCUCUGCAGAACAACACCAUUCAAUUCAGUGACCAAGGGGAUCUUUUCCUUGGCUACAAUGUGAUCACCUGGAGUUGGGGAAACGGUGCAUUUGAUUUCAAGACAAUUGGCAGUUACAGCUCUCAAAGCUUGAAAAUCAACCAGUCCAAUAUUGAUUGGCUAACACCAGGUGGCCAGGUUCCAAAGUCGUCUUGCAUAGCCGUGUGCGGUGUGGGCCAGAUCCGAACCAAGCAACUGUUGGACGAGUGCUUGUGCCGCUGUGAUGACUGCCAGGAAGGGACCUAUCAAAACAACAGCACAGGUGCAGCCGACUGCCUCCUGUGCCCCGCAGGGAUGUGGUCCCCUCCAAAGAGCAGCCAGUGCUUCUAUCCGCACGUCACCUUCCUCGACAUGGCUGACACCAACAUCUCAGCCCUGGUGAUCCUGACCAUCGUCGAUUUCUUCUUGCUCUGCGGCUGCCUGCUGGUUUUCGCUAUCAACUGGCAGACGCCGGUGGUCAAAGCUGCCGGAGGAAAGCUGGCAUUCGUCAUGCUGGCCUCCCUGCUGGCUUCUUGUGCCAGCACCAGCCUCUUCAUUGGCAGACCCACCUGGGCCACCUGCCUGGUCAGGCAGCCCUUCUUCGCCAUCAGCUUCACCUUGUGUGUGUCCUGCCUCCUGGUCCGCUCCUUCCAGAUCAUCUUCAUCUUCAAAAUGGCUGGCAAGCUCCCCAGAGCCCACAAGUAUUGGCUCAGGUACAAGGGCACCUAUGCAUGUGUGGGCCUCAGCAGUGGCCUGCAGGCGGUCCUCUGCGCCCUCUGGCUCUAUUUCUCCCCGCCCACUUUGAAAGCAGAUGUCAUCAGCGAGAGGGAAGUCUUCCUGCGCUGCUCCGAGGGCCACUUCCUCGGGCUGGGCGCUGUGCUAGGCUACAUCACGCUGCUGGGCGGGGCUUGCUUUGUGUUUGCCUUCUGGGGACGGAACCUACCUAAGAACUAUAGCGAAGCCCGGCUCCUCACCACCAGCAUGCUGAUCUUCCUCAUGGGCUGGGGCUGCUUUAUGCUCAUCUAUACCACCACAGAAGGGAAAGGGAAGCAGAUCGCAGCCUUGCAGAUGUUCACUGUGCAGACCAGCGUCUAUGCCAUCCUCUGCACCUUUUUCCUGCCAAAAUGCUACAUUGUCCUCUUUAAGCCGCAGUUCAACACAGUGGCCCACUUCCAGACCUGCAUCCAGGCCUACACGACCACAGCCCGAAACGUCAGGCACUGAGCACGCGUCAUCAGGGCAGGAAAUCACCGCCGCUCUGUCUUCUCCACAGGAGCCGGCCAAGGCUGAACGGGUUGCUUGCUAGUCUGCCAGCAUCAGGAAAAUGUUGCUCCAACAAGAACCAAAAAUGGGGACAACUGAAGGUCGGAUUUUAUAAGAGUAUGGGGGCCCCUCUAAACUUCCCCUGCCUUAUAGACCGUAUGGGGAAGGAUGGGUGGGGCUGGAAAGAACCAGAGAAUGCUUGUGCCCACAAGUGCAGUAUAGUGAAAAUGACAGAACUCGGCUGCUUGUAUAUUUCAUACCUGCGAAAACGUGAGUGUAGAACGUUAGUGGAUUUUAGGGUAGGACCUCUCCAAUUAAAAAGAGACCCUCCCCCUGCUACUGUUGGCCGGGAGGGCUGGGGCUAGACAGACUCCCCUCGGGGUCCCUUCAUCACUGCCCAUCAAUUCCAUCUUUAUUAGGGCUUCUACGUAACAAAACUGCAGCUGCUCCCACCCCCGGUCACCAGAAGGUACGAUCACAGGCCAGUUUAAACGUUUAAUUUGUGCUUGGAAGACAUUUUCACACAGUUUGGUACGGGGAUGGCUGGGGAGACCUGUGGGGGCCCUCCAGGCGUUGCUGGGCUACCACUUCCAUCCCUUGCAGGUUGCUGGGGCUGAUGGGAGUUGGAGUCCAGCAAUAUCUGACGGCCCCAGCAGGGUGAGGAGGAGCAGAGUCACACGCCAGGAAAGGGCAGGGGCUGCGUCUUUGGGCUUUGGUGCCACCAGGCCAAGGCAUACCAGUGAUGUGGCACAAUCUGUCCAUUUCUGCUCUCCAAUUGUCUGUUACCAGAUCUACUGGGGGGAGGGUGUCUCUGCCUUGUGAGGUGCCCCUGGUGGCAAGCAGUCAGAGAGCCUUUGCUAGUGGGCACUCAUGCUUUGGAAUGCUAAGCCAAAAGAGGCACAUGUGCCCUCCCCUCCCUGUGCUUAGAAGGCUGGUUGAGACCUUCCUUUUGGAAGGAAAGGAUAUACAACACUGUUCCAGGGGAGUUGGUUUUGAUGCGUCAAACUGUAGCUCUAUCUUGUUACUGGUUUUAUUGCUCGUAAAUUGCUUUGGGGGUCUUUUUGUCUCAAAAGCAGAAUAUAAAUGGCAUUAAAAUGAUGCUACCCAUCCAUACAGAUUAAGGGUUCAAGCAGCCUUUCCCAGAAUUUAAGGGAUGGGAUUCAUUUCAGCUUCUAGGAAUGUGUUAUGUUAGUUUAUUUCUAUGCCACCUUUCGGCCAAAAAAGGCCCCCAAGGUGGCUCGCAAAGGAAAAUUCAAUGGAUAAUUCAAGCAAAAAAAACAAAAACAAAACAAAAAUCUUAACAUUUCAAAAAAGAGUAAAAUACAUUCAAAUGUCCCUGCCAGAAGGCAAAAGGCAGUCCUCAGAAAAAUGCCAGAGAGCAGAAGGAGGUUUUCCUUAUAAGGGUCCAGGUGGGGGUGGGCCAGGGCCAAUGGAAAAGUCCCCCCCAUGAUCCCAGCAGAGCCUCUCCUCUGCAGCAGUGUGUUCAUAUAUCAGCGGUUAUGAGAGCACUACUGAAAUCCUUAAAUUCUAGUUACUGGGCUGCAUGGGUUUUGCUGUUUUUUGCAUUGCUAUUUUCCCUGGUGCACACCUGGUGUAUGCUUCAGAUGCCACCCAGCAUCAGAACAACAAAUGUUUCCCUUUUGGCCUCUAGGCAUGCAACUCACUGCAGUUUAGUUAAAGGAAAGCAGUGAUCCAGAGCCACUUUCUUCCUCGUAAACAUCUAUAAAUAGUGUGUAUGAAAAUUAAUAUUAGAAGUCAUUUGUGCCCAAUUAACAUGAAAAAUGUUUUAACAAUCUGUGUAUUCUCUGCAAAACUCUCUCAGAAUCACAUUUAAUCACUUCCCUUAACAUUAAUCUUCCAUUUGCAUGGUUUGAACAGUCAAACCCGUUAAUUUGACAAGCAAACACAGUGUUUUACAUGGAGGUCAAAAUGCCACUUUGCAUCCACGUUUCAGCAAUUUAGGCUUCAAAACAUUUGCUAAGCUGAAUAAAUUCUUUGCAUCUACCUCCACAGUGGAAAAUGUACAUCAGAUCCUUGUGCCUGAACUAACUUUUGCAGAAAGGGAGUCCGAGGAACUGAGGAUUGAGAUGACGAGAGAUGAAGUUCUAGGCCUAAUAGACAAAAUAAAAACUGACAAAUUCAUGGAUCUGGAUGACAACCACCCAGGAGUUCUCAAAGAACUUACAUGUGAAAUUGCUGAAAUUAAAUGUGAAACUUUACAUGCAACGUCCCUCAGAUCUGCCUCUAUAUCUGAGGCUGGAAAGUGGCCAAUGUAACACCAAUUUUAAAAAAGGGAUCCAGGUGGGAUCAGGAACUGGCCAGGAAACAGAAAGCAAAGAGCAGGAAUAAACAGACAGAUCUCCCAAUGGAGGGAUGUAGAAAGUAAAGUCCCCCAAGGAUCAGUAUUUUGACCUGUGCUUUUUAAACUUGUUCAUAACCAGUCUAGAACUAGGAGUGAGCAGUGAGGUGGCCAAGUUUGCUGAUGAUACUAAAGGGAUCAUUAGAAAAGGUAUUGAAAAUAAAACUGCUGCUAUACAAAUGAGACUGCAUUGGGAACGCUGUGUACAAUAUUACCUUGCCUUACCUGAAAAAGACAUUGUAGAGUUGGAAAAGGUUCAGAAAAGGGCAACAAGAAUUAUUGAAGGGAUGGAGUGAUUCUCCAAUGAAGGAAAGGUUGCCACAUUUGGGGCGGUUUAGAGAAAAGCAGAGUCGGAGGUGAUAUGAGAGAAGUGUAUAAAAUUGUGCAUGGCAUGGAGUGGAUAGAGAGAAGUAUUUCUCCUGCUCCAGUAACACUGGAACGCGGAGACAUCCAAUGAAGCUGGAAGUUGAGGGUAGAUAGAAGAAAGUCCUCCUUCACACAGCGCACAGCUAAACUGUAGGAUUUGCUCCUGCAAGAGGCAGUGAUGGCCACCAAGUUGGAAGGCUUUAAGAGAGGAUUGGGCCAAUUCAUGGAGGGCUAUGUUCUGCCUCCAUAGUUGGGAGGCGCUAUGCUUCAGAAUACCAGUUGCUGGAAACCACAGGAGGGGAGAUAGCUCUUGUGCCUGUGCCUGCUUGCAGGCUUCCCAUAAUGGGCAUCUGGUUGGCCAUUGUGAGAACAGGAUGCUGGACUAGAUGGGCCCCCGUUGGCCUGAUCCAGCAGCUCUUAAGGGGGAAUAGAGGAAACCGAUUUAAGCUAGUCCUUAUCAAUGACUUGCACCAGGCACAUUUCCUAUGUUACGUAACUUGAACUGCAAGGCCUUGUACAUGAAAAAAAAACUGGAAAAAAACCCCACUCCUUUGCCGACGCUGACGUAGCAAUAAAAAAGUGGCUUUGUGUUGUGACCAGAUGGAAAGGCACCCUGUAUAUCUUCUGCCGCCCAAUAUUUCUGAUGUUAUUGAUCCAAUUAUAGAUAUUUCAAAAAAUGAAAGCCCCUGUGGGCCAUUUAACUAUUGGUUUAAAAUACUUCCCUCCGCCCUCCCCUCUGAGGAACUACAGAACAUUUCACCACAGGAUGACCCUGGAGGUUGAUAUCCACCGUUAUGGGGCACAUUUUCCUGCAAGCCAUGUCGCUCUAACCUUGUUUAGUACCAGGGAGAGGGGCCUUCUCUCAGUGACAGCACCAUGCCUGAGGAAUGCUUGCCUGUCUCUUUGCAGGGCAGCUGAAGUCUUUAAUUCUUCCAGGCCUCCUGGGCAGCUGUGGUUUCAACACAUAUGUGAUUUUAGUAUUUGUAGCCACUGUUUGUGAGUCCUGUACUUUUGAAUUUUUAUUCCUCUUUCUGCUGGGUAAAAGUCUUGUGGUGUAAACUGUGAUUUUAUGACAUUUUAAUUUAUAUUGUAUCUUAUUGUUUUAUGUGGCAAGUUCCCUGGAGAACAAUGUUAUUGGGCUUGCCUUCUUCUGUGCGCACUGCCUUGUUUAGUCUGGCCAUCACCGGAGGCCUUGCGCCUUUGCCCGGUGAGGUAAUGUGGACAUCCACAGAAGCAGGGCCUUACUGUUGCGGGGCCAACCCCAGCAAGGCUGCUCACCCAGCCCAGCCUUUAUAUAGCUUCAGGCAACAGCCUUAGACUGACCGUCUUGCAUCACAUUUGGGCUGAAAUGGUGAUGUCUGUAGACAGGUCGCCACUUGCUUCUUGAUAGUUUCAUUCUGCGGAGUGCUUUGUGCCUAAUUCAACCUAUUUUACAAUGAUGUGGUUUUAUUUUAGCUGUUGUAUUUAUGGGCUUUUCAUUAUUUUAUUGGGUUAAUUUGGAAAGAAUGAUGGGAUAAAUUCUGCAGAACAAAUUGAUAAAAUAUUCCCCAUCUGCCUCAAAGAGCCAGACACAAGACAGCUGUCUUCAACAGAGUUCCUCUUUUAUUGAAGGCAAACAAGUCUCAGAAAGCGCAGAUGGGACUGAGAUGGCUGGGUGUUGCAGUUGCCUCUCCCCUCCGCUCCAAGCUGCUAAGGGGCUCCAAGGACAACGCUCCUGACAUUGAGAAACGUGGGGCAGUUUCUGGGUGUGAGUGCAACUGUUCACCCUGCUGCUGCACUUUAGCAGACUGCCUCACACUUAGCGUGUGCGCACACACCGCUAUUCCUAAAAAGGGAAAGGAGGGACUAACGCCAGGAUUUCUUCUUUCUCAGCAGGCCCUGCCCUAGUCCUUCAGGACGAGGGGGGCUUUCACCUGGGCAGCCACCUCCUUCCCGAGCAACAUCUCCACAAUGGCAAGGGCGAACUCAAAGCUGGUGCCCGGCCCUCGGCUGGUCAGGAUGUGCCCAUCUUUUUCCACACGAUUCUCAGAGUAUUUAUAGUGAUCUAAAGAGGACAACACAAAAUACAGAAUAGACCUGUUACAAGGCAGGCAUCAGCCAUAAGCACAGACUUCAUACGCAGGGCUGUUGCUCCAUCCCUGUCUAUGGGCACACUCAGAUGCCCUCCUCAAUUGUAGCUAAGAGGGAGGCUGCAAUUCCCAGCUUUUGAACUGCCAGCUGUAGACCACACACAGAUUCCGGUUUUGCAUCUAACUUGGGAGAGGUGGUCAAGAUAGCUGCGUUCAGAAGGCCCCUCCUCCCUUCAUGGGGCUGAUCUUUACCACCAAGAAUUUGGGACGCUGCUGGCAGCACACCUUUUGCCUUCCUUUCUCCUGUCACCCAUCUCCUAGCUUAGGGGGGCUCUGGGGAAGGCGAGGCAUCCAUCAAUGCUGGCACUUUUAUUGGUCUCACAGAAUCUGUGCAGGGAUCCUUCCAGGCCAGGCAGAAGUUGGAAGCUUGUUUUGGAUUUCACUGAACUACCCGACAUGUAUUCAGCCCUUUUAGGGCUUAGCCUCAAGAAUGCCUCCAGGCCAGCAGUGAAAAAAAUCAGUACAUUGUAGUUUUAUGGUUUUUUCUUCUAUUUUUAUCUCGUACAUUGCUUCAACGGCUUCGUGCUAUGAAUAACAAAUAAACGUUCACCCAUUCUCACCUCUUGUUUUAACUUAGGUGGAGAACUUCAGAAUGUAUUGGGAAUCAUUUAUGUACACCGCCCAGAGAGCCUUUUUGGCUUAGGGCGGUAUAUAAAUUAAAAUAAAUAAAUAAAUAAAUAAAUUGCUAUUCAAAAAUCAGUGUCUUUCUGCAAGUGGAGGGCUCACACAUUAUCCCUACCACAAAAGACCCUAACCCUGCCUGUGCUAACUUGUGGAAACUGCUUUAGUUUGGGUUUUUUUUAAAUCCUACAGAGCUAGAAAGUGUAGCACUUCUAUUCCUCAAAAUCCAAGUCUUUCAUAAUACAAGCCUCGCAUGACAUUCUUUUAUGGAACAGGCACCUUAAUUACAACCCUGGAAUGAAGCAUACUUCACAAAACAUGGUUUCCCCAAAAUUGACCUCUUCUCUCUCCCCCCGGCCAAGAUGCAGCCAUCUCCUAUGUCCACCUACCUCCACUCAUCAUCUUGUCUUUGGCCAAGGGGUGUGUGGUCACCUUGCUUCCAAAUCCUAUUCCAUGGGCCAGCAGAGCUGUAGGUCCUAGAGAGCAACAAAGAGUCACAUGUGCACGUAACAGACGGCUGUGCGACCACGCUGGAAAAUGGCUCCAGCAUUUCAGUGGCAGGUGAGGCCAGAGCCACAUAACCUCCAGGGAAUCCCCACCCCCACCCCCCAGAUGAGCAGCUGCAGCGAAAGGCUUUACAUCAUAGCACUAGGUUUAAAGAAUGGAUGUUUGAAGACAAAAUCAUACAUUUUAAUAUAUCUCCCCUUCCAAGUAUGUGAAAUAAUAUUCGCUGGUCUGAAGGAACCUGAAAUUAAAUUAUGCAUCGUAGGCUACAAUCCUUUCAUUUACUUGGAAGUAAGUCCCAUUGAAUAAAGUAUAACAUGUGUAAUAUGCAACAUACUGGACAGAUCUCCUUAGAACAACAGAAGACUGAAGCAGCAUCCGAGGGAGAGGAUGGUCUUAUUGUCACUUUGGCAGUGGGGCACAUUCAAAGGGCCAAGCCGCUCCCUGAGGCUGAACUCAGGAGAAACUGGUUCUGCAAGCUUGCAGAAGAAUUCGGCUGUGGACUUAUGCCUAUGACAUCACAGACCCACCCACAUCCUCCGCAGAGCAGUUUUGUGACUUUGUGGGGCCUUCUGCUUUUUAACAAGGUUGAUAAACGAACAUUUAAAAGAAUACAUGUAUCUGCAGUGAGGGGGGAAAAAGCAAGACAGAAAGCCCAGCACUGAAGCAAGACCAACAACUGAAUCAGCAUUGGGAGAACUCUGGUCUUGUUUUACAUAGCGAAGGUGGGAGGAAGCCAGCCUCACCUUGUGGAAGAAAAAGCUGCAGCAACGCUGGCUUUUAUUGUUGGGUUGCAUGCAGGCUAGAGAAAAGUUGUAAUUCGGGGUACCAGACUCCACAUACAUUUUGCGAAGUUUCUAAAAAAGGAAAUUCAAAAGGCACAUACGAUUUGAAAAGCAAAUUGCCAAUGUUCCAAGGAAGCAUGAUGUAGUAGUAAUGGGAGCCUUCAAUUACCCGGAUACCCUUUGGGAGACAAAUUCUGCCAAACACAGCCCCUCCAAGAAAUUCCUGACUGAUAACUUUCUCCUACAGAAAGCGGAGGAAGCAACUAGAAGAUCGGCUAUCCUUGAUUUGAUUCUCACCAAUAGAGAUGACUUGGUGGAUGAAGUGGCAAUUACAUGAACUCUGGGCAAAAGUGACCACGCUAUACUUGAGUUCUUUAUUUUAAAGGAAGGAAAAGCUGAGAGCAGCCAUACAUGUACCCUGGACUUCAGGAAAAACGAUUUAAAUAAAGUCGGAACAAUGUAACUAAGGUUCCAUGGCAUCUGACCCAAAUGAGAAAAGGAAUCCAAGAUGGGAGUUUCUAAAAAAGGAAAUUCAAAAGGCACUAUUGCAAACAAUUCCAACAAGGAAAAAAGGUGGAAAACGGCACAAGGAGGCAAUGGAUCUUCAUAAAAAGCUUAGAGAUGACCUGAAAACAAAAAAGGACACAUACAGAAAAUGGAAGGAAGGCCAGGCCGCAAAGGAAGACUACACAGCACAGUGACUACUAGCACAGAAUUGCAGGGAUGGCAUCAGGAAGGCUAAAGCUGAGAAUGAGCUGAGGCUAGCGAGAGAUGCUAAAAGUAACAAAAAAGCUUUCUUCGGGUACAUCCAUGGUAAAAGACAGAGAAAAGAAAUGGUGGUACAGCCACUCAGUGAGGAUGGCAAAAUGAUAAUAGAUGACAAUGAAAAGGCAGUGCUUCAUUUCUAUCUCCUAAGCCCCAUUUUUCCAGUUUCUAGUUCUUCUCUGUUCCCUACUUUUGCAUUCCAGUCCCCCAUGACUAUCAGAGCAUCCUGUUUUGGUGUGUGAUCAUUUCUUCCUGUACGUCUUUGUAAAAUCUCUCCAUUUCCUCUUCUUUUAUGUUUGCAGUUGGAUCAUAGACUUGGAUGAUGGUUAUGUUGAUAGGUUUCCCAUUAAGUCUCAUUGAUAUCACUCACUCAGACCUUGCGUUAUAGCUCCUAAUUGCUUUUGCAGUGAUUACUAGAAGCCAACAGACUAAUCUUAUUUGUUGAUUGGGUAACCUCUCUGGUAAACUAUGGGAAUGCUGUGGACAUAAUAUAUCUUGACUUCAGCAAAGUGUUUAACAAACUGCCCCAUGAUAUUCUGAUUAGCAAGCUAGCUAAAUGUGCGCUGGAUGGAACAACUAUCAGGUGGAUCCACAGUUGGCUACAGAAUCGUACUCAGAGUGCUUAUCAGUGAUUCCUUCUCAAACUUGGGGGAGGUAACAAGUGGGGUACCACAGGGCUUGGUCCUGGGCCCAGUGCUCUUCAACACCUUUAUUAAUGACUUGGAUGAGGAGGUACAGAGAACACUUAUCAAACCUGCAGAUGAAACAAAAUCGGGAGGGACAGCUAAUACCUUGGAGGACAGAAACAAAAUUCAAAGGGAUCUUGAUAGGUUGGAGCAUUGGGCUGAAAACAACAGAAUGAAAUUCAACAGGGAUAAAUGCAAAGUUCUAUACUUAGGAACAAGAAACCAAGUGCACAGUUAUAAGAUUGGGGAUACUUGGCUCAGCAAUACAACAUGUGAGAAGGAUCUUGGAAUUGUUGUUGAUCACAAGGUGAAUAUGAGCCAACAGUGUGAUAUGGCUGCAAAAAAGGCAAAUGCUAUAUUAGGCUGCAUUAACAGAAGUAUAGUUUCCAAAUCGCGUGA